AUGUUAGACGGGGGAUUAAAUAAGUUGCAUAAGCGAAUGCGGGGACGGUUUAGUGAUAUGGUUAUCUCAUUUUGGGAGGAAUACCUAGAGCACGAAGUUCUCGCGAAACAAAAAUCCUCCAACAUCGUCCUCCUCCGCCCUAGCAUGUCAUUCAUGAUUCUCCAAACUCCAAACCCACACACCCUCAAAGACGCCCUCCCCAACUUCGCCGGCGUCUCCCACGUCUUCCUCCCAAUCAACGACUGCCGCAACGCCACCCAAGCCGAAGGCGGAACCCACUGGUCCUUACUCCUAAUCUCGAUCGUCGACCGCAUCGCCUUCCAUUACGAUUCACUCUACCAGGGAAAUGUCUGGGAAGCGCACACAGUAACGCACAAAUUUGGAAUUCUCCUCAACAUGCAAAUCCGCUUCAUGCCAUUAAAUGACUCCCCCCAGCAAGAUGGCGGUAGUGACUGUGGCGUCUUCGUCUGCGUGAAUAUGCGCCAACUCCUUGAAAAGCGCCUUCUCCGCGCUAGCGCGCACGAGAAAGUUAGCAUGAGUCUUGGUGGGGAGAGGGUUGAUGCUAGUCAUUCACGGAAGGAAAUGGCUAAGAUUAUUGAGGGAUUCCGUAAGGAGGGUGAGCGUCGGAGAUCAGCUAGUCUUAGUCGAAGCCCGAUGGGAAAGAAGUCGAGGAGCCCACCACGCAUUGAAUAG